UGUCCGACAGCUUCGCUGCUCUCAAACCGGAGCGCUUCAACACGCAGCGCAACGUGCGCGUCGCUUCUCUACCUUCAAAUGUCAAUUUUAUUUCCUGCGAAUCUGUUAUAAGUUGCCCUCAUGUCCUCUCUAACUGUCCAGGGAUCGUUUCAGUACUGAUGUGAUUUCAGUACGUUUCUUCAGUUGACAUUUCUUCAGUAUGCGUGCGCGGUGGAGUUACAUUCAUGCCUGGAUUUGCGUCUUCUGUUUCCGCGCGUUCAGGACUUUUGGCAUUCCCGAUAAUGAAGUGAACUUGCUGGACUCUCGCUCCGUAUUUGGUGACCUGGGGUGGGUUGCCUACCCAAAGAAUGGGUGGGAAGAAAUUGGAGAGGUGGAUGAGAACUACGCGCCCAUCCACACUUACCAGGUGUGCAAAGUGAUGGAACACAACCAGAACAACUGGCUGCAGACUAACUGGAUACUAACCCAAGGUGCCCAGAGAGUAUUUGUGGAGCUGAAGUUCACUUUGCGGGACUGUAACAGUCUCCCGGGGGGUCUGGGCACCUGCAAGGAAACUUUUAAUGUUUAUUUCUUUGAGACCAACGACGAGGAGACGAGGAAUAUUCGGGAAAGCCAAUAUAUGAAAAUCGACACCAUUGCAGCUGACGAGAGUUUCACUGAGCUUGAUCUUGGAGACCGAGUCAUGAAAUUAAACACGGAAGUUAGGGAUGUCGGUCCGUUGACCAAGAAAGGCUUCUACUUGGCUUUUCAAGACCUGGGUUCAUGUAUUGCUCUUGUGUCCGUUCGUGUCUUCUACAAAAAGUGUCCUUUCGUUGUCAGGAAUUUGGCCCUCUUCCCAGAUACCAUAACUGGGGCAGAUUCUUCCCAGCUUCUGGAGGUGUCAGGGACCUGCGUCAACAACUCAGUGGCUGAUGAACUUCCCAGAAUGCACUGCAGUGCAGAGGGGGAGUGGCUGGUGCCCAUUGGGAGGUGCAUGUGCCAGGCGGGCCAUGAGGAAGUUAAUGGCUCCUGUCAAGUGUGUAAGCCGGGCUUUUACCGAUCAGCUCUUCAGACCAAAAGCUGCAGUAAAUGUCCCCCCAGAAGUUUUACCACGGUUGAGGCAUCUACUUCCUGUCAGUGUGAAAAUGGAUACUACAGGACCGACUCUGACCCUGCCAACAUGGCCUGCACAAAACCCCCUUCUCCCCCACGAAAUGCCAUUUCCAAUGUAAAUGAGACCAGUGUCUUCCUGGAGUGGAGUGCUCCAGAGGAGACGGGAGGGAGGAAGGAUGUCAACUACAACAUCUUGUGCAAGAAGAUCAGCACAGACCUGGGUCACUAUGAGUCCUGCGGCAGUCAUGUGCGAUACCUCCCCCAACGUACAGGCCUGAGAAAUACUUCUGUCAUGGUUGUGGACCUUUUGGCUCACACUAACUACACGUUUGAGGUGGAAGCUUCGAAUGGGGUUUCAGAACUAACUCCCCCUUUGCGCCAAUUCGUCAUGCUAAAUGUCACCACCAACCAAGCAGCUCCGUCUCCUAUAACCGUGGUAAAGAAAGGCAAAACGUCAAAGAACAGCAUCGCCGUGUCCUGGCAGGAACCUGACCGAACUAACGGCAUCAUUUUGGAGUACGAGAUCAAGUAUUUUGAGAAGGAUCAGGAAACCAGCUAUACCAUUGUCAAGUCAAAGGAGACGGGCGCUGUGGUGGACGGUUUAAAGCCAUCUUCGGUGUACAUCUUUCAAAUCAGAGCACGUACUUCUGCAGGCUACGGAGGAUUCAGUCGUCGCUUUGAGUUUGAAACCAGCCCUUACUCAGUAGCGGCGUCCAGUGAGCAGGGUCAGGUGCCAAUCAUCGCUGUAGCUGUUACUGUGGGCAUAAUCCUCACUGCACUGGUCACAGGUUUCCUGAUGAGUGGCAGACGAUGUGGGUACAGCAAAGCCAAGCAGGAUCCAGAUGAGGAGAAGAUGCACUUCCACAAUGGUACCCUCAAAUUCCCAGCGGUCCGCACGUAUAUUGAUCCCCACACCUAUGAAGAUCCCAACCAGGCUGUCCAUGAGUUUGCCAAGGAGAUUGAUGUCUCCUGUAUCACUAUCGAGAGGGUUAUUGGAGCUGGGGAGUUCGGUGAGGUGUGCAGCGGUCUACUGCGGCUGCCGGGGAAGAGAGAGAUCCCAGUGGCCAUUAAAACCCUGAAAGCCGGUUACACUGAGAAACAGAGGAGGGACUUCUUGGGCGAGGCCAGCAUCAUGGGCCAGUUUGAUCAUCCCAAUAUCAUCCACCUGAAUGGGGUAGUCACCAAGAGCAAACCAGUGAUGAUAAUAACAGAAUACAUGGAAAAUGGAUCCCUCGACACCUUUUUGAAGAAGAACGAUGGCCAGUUCACAGUCAUCCAACUGGUUGGUAUGCUGCGUGGCAUCGCUUCGGGCAUGCGCUACCUAUCUGAGAUGGGAUAUGUGCAUCGUGACCUAGCUGCCCGCAACAUCCUGGUCAACAGCAACCUGGUGUGUAAGGUGUCCGACUUUGGCUUGUCGAGAGUGCUAGAGGACGACCCAGAGGCGGCCUACACCACACGAGGUGGGAAGAUUCCAAUCCGGUGGACAGCCCCUGAGGCUAUUGCCUACAGGAAAUUCACCUCGGCCAGUGAUGUGUGGAGCUAUGGCAUUGUUAUGUGGGAAGUGAUGUCGUACGGCGAGAGGCCAUACUGGGAGAUGAGCAAUCAAGACGUGAUAAAGGCAGUCGAAGAGAACUACAGACUCCCAGGUCCCAUGGACUGCCCAACUGCCCUCUAUCAUCUCAUGAUGGACUGCUGGCAGAAGGACAGAAACAGCCGACCAAAAUUUGAGGAAAUCGUCAGUUUACUGGACAAACUGAUUCGUAAUCCCAGUAGCCUGAAAAGUCUCGUCAACCCAUCAAAUAGGGUGUCGAAUUUAUUAGUGGAGCACUGGAGCCCUGAGGGCUGUGUAUUCAGAUCGGUGGAGGAAUGGUUAGAGGCCAUAAAAAUGGGUCGAUACACAGAGCUUUUCAUGGAAAGUGGAUACACUUCUUUGGAAGUAGUCACUCAGAUGACCUUGGAAGAUCUAAGGAGAGUUGGAAUCAGUCUUGCCGGCCAUCAGAAAAAGAUCCUCAACAGCAUUCAGGAGAUGCGUGUCCAGAUGAUGAACGCCACUAUACCCAUCUGAGGCCUGCAUCAGCUCUAUGGAACUAGCCAGCACUUUUUACCAUGGACACCUAUUCACUGAAUGGAACUAUUGAACGAUCAUUUAGAAGAACAAACGGUCAUUUGCGCGAAGCUCCCAAACUAAGAGUGACUUUUUUGAGGAGGACCUCGAAUGAAAUGUUGAGUUGGCGCUUGGAAAAGUGUGGCACAUCUCCAGGUAGGACUACUGACUUGGGAUCAGGUGUCUCUGGGCUGAAUGUAUAGCAUUUUUCCACGACCUCAUUCAACAAUAUUAUUACCUCCGGAAUGCCACCAGAGUCUGCGGUCAGUUUCAGCUUGCGGAUGUUUUUCUUACAACAAGUCCACCUUGGGCAAUGUUCAUGCAGUACGACUGAAUUCAUAUCACGGGAUGAGGGAACAAAUGGCAGUGUUAACAAAGCAAUAGCAGCAUUUAAGAUUGAUGUUUAUUUGAUUUUAAUCUGAAUUGCUUCCUUGUUUCAAUGAAAGGACAAAGAAAUUAACAAGAAAUUAAUUUUCCUUUUGCACAAACUUGUUAUGGAGAGCAGGGGAAAUGUGUUUGUAUUUGAAAAUGUGAUGUUCCAGAACCACUGAUUUAUUUUAGUUCACUGUUUUGAUGUUUUGUAAAUAGUGUACAGUUGCGUAGAAAAAGUGGAGCUCAAAUGCAUCCAUGUUCAUGUGGGGUUGAUAAUUUAGUGUCUGGGUGGGCUAACAUACUAUGUAUAUUCAGUCCAGUCAAUAAAUGUUUAUAUUGACUAUGUGCUUUGUUAGGUAGAAAAAGGGUGUAUAUGCAUAAGGGGCGAUGACGUACUUCCACUAAAAUCUUUGCCAGACAUACGUCAUCGCUUUGUGUGCAUAUGCUCCAGUUUCCAUUCAUGUGUGAACUCUUAUACUGAAUUUCUGAUACAUAUUAACACCCAUAAUUUUGCCUUGUGCAAUUGUUUACAGUUUAUUACAGACUAGGUGGGUAGAAAACUUAACAGUCAAAAAAACAGAUACAGUUUAUUUAUUGUGCACAGUUUAUUAGUGCAUGUCAUGUUAUUUUUGUCCCUAUCUUUAUUUAAAAUGUAUGAACUAACUUGCACCAUCCCUGAAAAACGUUUUUAAAAAUCCUCAAAUGUGGGGGCAUGUUAUGUUUCAGGAGGGGCAUCAGUCACAAUCCACUGCUAAUGUACAUUUAGUUCUGGAUUAAGAUGUGCACUUUUUACUGUCCAACAUUUCUGAUAAAUAAAUUGAAAAAGAUUUUAAAAAAUCA